GGAUGCACGGCGCCCUGCGGCCCGUAGCCGGGGCGCGCGCGGGCUGAGCCAGCGGCGGUGCACGAGGCGCGAGGCAGAGAGCCCGGCAGCUGCAGACGUGUCCGCUGGCAGGGCCCCGUCCCGAAGAUCUCCACCGACAAACCGGGACCCCUGAGAGUGUCCGCCCCACUUGGAUCCGCGCCACCCGGACGUGCAGGAUCGUCCGGGCCCCGCGGCUCCCACAGCCGGGGGGCGAUGCCUGGGCGGCUGCGGACAGGCGGCGGUAGGAGGCCCAGGGCAGGCGCGGACCCGGCGCCCCGGCGCUAGGGACCCCGAGGCUCCUCCGCAGCGGGACUCGGCCUCGCCUCCGACGCGAUGGCCUCUGAGGUGGUGUGCGGACUCGUCUUCAGGCUGCUGCUGCCCAUCUGCCUGGCAGUCGCCUGUGCAUUCCGCUACAAUGGGCUCUCCUUCGUCUACCUUAUCUACCUCCUGCUCAUUCCUCUCUUCUCAGAACCAACAAAAGCAACGAUGCAAGGACACACAGGCCGGCUGCUGAAGUCCCUGUGCUUCACGAGCCUCUCCUUCCUGCUGCUCCACAUCAUCUUCCACAUCACGCUGGCCAGCCUCGAGGCCCAGCACCGCAUCGCACCCAGCUACAACUGCUCCACCUGGGAAAAGACAUUUCGGCAGAUCGGCUUUGAAAGCUUGAAGGGCGCUGAUGCUGGCAAUGGGAUCCGUGUGUUCGUGCCAGACAUAGGGAUGUUCAUUGCCAGCCUGACCAUCUGGCUUGUCUGCCGGAACAUGGUCCAGAAACCUGCACAGGAGGAAACGGUCCAGGACAGCCUGGAGUUCGAAAGUGAGGAACUGGCCAGAGGAGAGAAAGUGGACUCCAAGGAGGCGCUGAUUGACGAGGACAAGGACCUGGACGGGGGUGAUGGUGAGGACGUCGAGCUGGAGGACAGCGCGCGGCUGAAGCUGUUCCGCCAGCUGGCCUCAGUGGCCUCGAGGCUCAAGGAGUUUGUGGGCAACAUGAUCACUACUGCCGGCAAGGUGGUGGUCACCAUCCUCUUGGGCUCCUCGGGCAUGAUGCUGCCCUCGCUGACCUCGGCUGUGUACUUCCUCGUCUUCCUUGGCCUCUGCACCUGGUGGUCUUGGUGCCGUACGUUUGACCCGCUGCUAUUCAGCUGCCUCUGUGUCCUGCUGGCCAUCUUCACAGCGGGGCACCUGAUCGGGCUGUACUUGUACCAGUUCCAGUUCUUCCAGGAGGCCGUGCCCCCCAACGACUACUAUGCAAGGUUGUUUGGUAUCAAGUCAGUGAUCCAAACCGACUGCUCCAAUACAUGGAAGAUCAUUGUCAACCCAGACCUGUCCUGGUACCACCACGCCAACCCGAUCCUGCUGCUGGUCAUGUACUACACACUGGCCACGCUGAUCCGCAUCUGGCUCCAGGAGCCCCUAGUGCCAGAUGAGCCAGCCAAGGAGGAGGACCAUGCCCUGGGUGACAGCCCCAAGCAGCACUACUCAGCAGAGCGGCGGCGGAGCCUGUGGUACGCAGCCCACUACCCCACUGAUGAGAGGAAACUUUUAUCCAUGACCCAAGAUGACUACAAACCAUCUGACGGCCUGCUGGUGACGGUGAACGGCAACCCUGUGGACUACCAUACCAUCCACCCAAGCCUGCCACUGGAGAACGGCCCGGCCAAGCCUGACCUGUACUCCACGCCCUGCUACCGCUGGGAGCCCUCGGAAGAGUCAGCAGAAAAGAAAGAGGAUGAGGAGGGUGAGAAGGAAGAAUUUGAAGAGGAGAGGAGCCAGGACGACAGGAGAAGUGUCCGGGUGCACGCCAUGGUGUCUGUGUUCCACUUCAUCAUGAAGCAGAGCUACAUCUGCGCCCUCAUUGCCAUGAUGGCCUGGAGCAUCACCUACCACAGCUGGCUGACCUUCGUGCUCCUCAUCUGGUCCUGCACGCUCUGGAUGAUCCGCAACCGGCGGAAGUACGCCAUGAUCAGCUCACCCUUCAUGGUCGUCUACGCAAAUCUGCUGCUGGUGCUGCAGUAUAUAUGGAGCUUUGAGCUUCCGGAAAUUAAGAAGGUCCCAGGGUUCCUAGAGAAGAAAGAGCCAGGAGAGCUUGCCUCGAAGAUUCUCUUUACUAUCACUUUCUGGCUCCUGCUGAGGCAGCACCUCACAGAGCAAAAAGCUCUUCGAGAAAAGGAAGCUCUUCUGGCAGAGGUCAAGAUCGGGAGUCAGGAACAUGAGGAAAAAGAUGAAGAACUUCAAGAUGUGCAAGUGGAGGGGGAGCCCAGAGAGAAGAAGGAAGAAGAGGGAGCAAAAGAGGAGAAGCCAGAGAGAAGAAAGGAAGAGGAGGAGGCAGAGGAAGAGGAAGAUGACCAGGACAUCAUGAAGGUGCUGGGCAACCUGGUGGUGGCCAUGUUCAUUAAGUACUGGAUCUAUGUGUGUGGCGGGAUGUUCUUCUUCGUCAGCUUCGAGGGCAAGAUUGUCAUGUACAAGAUCAUCUACAUGGUGCUCUUCCUGUUCUGCGUGGCCUUGUACCAGGUGCACUACGAGUGGUGGCGGAAGAUCCUGAAAUACUUCUGGAUGUCAGUGGUCAUCUACACAAUGCUGGUGCUCAUCUUUAUCUACACGUAUCAGUUUGAAAACUUCCCAGGCUUGUGGCAAAAUAUGACAGGGCUGAAGAAAGAAAAGCUGGAGGACCUGGGCCUGAAGCAGUUCACCGUGGCGGAGCUGUUCACUCGCAUCUUCAUCCCCACCUCCUUCCUGCUGGUGUGCAUCUUGCACCUGCACUACUUCCACGAUCGCUUCCUGGAACUCACAGACCUCAAGUCCAUCCCCAGCAAGGAAGACAGUGCCAUCUAUAGCCAUGCCAAGGUCAAUGGUCGCGUGUAUCUGAUAAUAAAUAGGUUGGCACACCCCGAAGGCAGCCUACCCGACCUGGCCAUGAUGCAUCUGACCCCCAGCCUGGACAAGCCCGAGCCCAAGAAGCUGGCGGAGCCUGGGCAGGAGAAGCCAGAGGGACGGGGGAAAACAGAGAGAGCCCUGAAGGGCGAGUCAGAGACAGACAGCCAGGAUGAGGAUGAGGAGGAGUCGGAAGAGGAGGAGGACAUGUCAGAUUUGCGGAACAAGUGGCACCUGGUGAUCGACCGGCUCACCGUGCUCUUCCUGAAGUUCCUGGAGUACUUCCACAAGCUGCAGGUGUUCAUGUGGUGGCUCCUGGAACUGCACAUCAUCAAGGUUGUCUCCUCCUACAUCAUCUGGGUGUCCGUGAAAGAGGUGUCUUUGUUCAACUACGUGUUCUUGAUUUCCUGGGCCUUUGCCCUGCCAUACGCCAAGCUCCGUCGUCUGGCCUCCAGCGUCUGCACCGUCUGGACAUGCGUGAUCAUCGUCUGCAAAAUGCUGUACCAGCUCCAGACCAUUAAGCCCAGCAACUUUUCCAUUAACUGCUCCUUGCCAAAUGAAAGCCAAACCAACAUACCUCUCAGUGAACUAAACAAGUCCCUGCUCUACAGUGCUCCGAUCGACCCCACUGAGUGGGUUGGCCUGAGGAAGUCUUCCCCGCUGCUUGUCUACCUGAGGAAUAAUCUCCUGAUGUUGGCCAUCCUGGCCUUUGAAGUCACCAUUUACCGCCACCAGGAGUAUUACCGUGGCCGGAACAACCUGACAGCCCCAGUGUCUAAGACCAUCUUCCAUGACAUCACACGCUUACACCUGGAUGAUGGGCUGGUUAACUGUGCCAAGUACUUUGUCAACUAUUUCUUCUACAAGUUCGGCCUGGAGACCUGUUUCCUAAUGUCAGUGAAUGUCAUCGGCCAGAGGAUGGACUUCUAUGCCAUGAUCCAUGCCUGCUGGCUGAUUGGUGUCCUGUACCGCCGCCGGAGGAAAGCCAUCGCCGAGGUGUGGCCCAAGUACUGCUGCUUCCUGGCCUGUAUCCUCACCCUGCAGUACCUGGUGUGCAUUGGGGUGCCCCCUGCACCCUGCCGAGAUUAUCCAUGGAGGCUCAAGGGUGCCAACUUCAAUGACAACAUCAUCAAGUGGCUGUACUUCCCUGACUUCAUCAUGCGCCCCAACCCCGUGUUCCUUGUCUAUGACUUCAUGCUGCUCCUGUGUGCCUCCCUGCAACGGCAGAUCUUCGAGGACGAGAACAAGGCUGCCGUGCGCAUUAUGGCCGGUGAUAAUGUGGAGAUCUGCAUGAACCUGGAUGCAGCCUCGUUCAGCCAGCACAACCCUGUCCCGGACUUCAUUCACUGCAGGUCCUACUUGGACAUGUCCAAGGUGGUCAUCUUCAGCUACCUCUUCUGGUUCGUCCUCACCAUCAUCUUCAUCACGGGCACCACCAGGAUCAGCAUCUUCUGCAUGGGCUACCUGGUGGCCUGCUUCUACUUCCUGCUCUUUGGUGGGGACCUGCUGCUGAAGCCCAUCCGGAGCAUCCUGCGCUACUGGGACUGGCUGAUUGCCUACAACAUCUUUGUGAUCACCAUGAAGAACAUCCUGUCGAUAGGUGCAUGCGGAUACAUUGGGACCCUGGUGAAGAACAGCUGCUGGUUGAUCCAGGCCUUCAGCCUGGCCUGCACUGUGAAAGGCUACAAAAUGCCUUCCGAUGACUCGAACUGCAGACUGCCCAGCGGGGAGGCAGGCAUCAUCUGGGACAGCAUCUGCUUCGCCUUCCUCCUGCUGCAGCGAAGGGUGUUCAUGAGCUACUACUUCCUGCACGUCGUGGCUGACAUAAAAGCGUCCCAGAUCCUGGCCUCCAGAGGGGCAGAACUUUUCCAGGCCACCAUUGUAAAAGCUGUAAAAGCAAGAAUCGAGGAGGAGAAAAAGUCCAUGGACCAGCUGAAGAGACAGAUGGAUCGCAUCAAGGCGAGGCAGCAGAAGUACAAAAAGGGUAAGGAGAGGAUGCUGAGCCUGACCCAGGAGUCAGGGGAAGGCCAGGACGCCCAGAAGCUCUCCGAAGAGGAUGACGAGAGAGAAGCAGACAAACAGAAAGCCAAGGGCAAAAAAAAGCAGUGGUGGCGGCCUUGGGUCGAUCAUGCUUCCAUGGUCAGGAGUGGAGAUUAUUAUUUGUUUGAAACGGAUAGCGAAGAAGAGGAAGAGGAAGAGCUGAAGAAGGAGGACGAGGAGCCCCCAAGAAAGUCAGCAUUCCAGAGAGCUAUUGGGAAGUUUGCGUCAGCCAUUUUAGCCUUGCCAAAGUCUAUCAUUAAACUUCCCAAAACUCUUCUCCAGUAUUUAAUCAGAGCUGCCAAGUUUGUGUAUCAAGCCUGGAUUACUGACCCUAAGACAGCACUCAGACAGCGGCGCAAGGAGAAGAAAAAGUCUGCAAGAGAGGAGCAGAAACGCAAGAGGAGAGGGUCUGGGCAGGGUCCAGUGGAAUGGGAAGACCGGGAGGAGGAACCAGUGAAAAAGAAGUCUGACGGGCCAGACAACAUCAUCAAGCGGAUCUUUAACAUCGUGAAGUUCACUUGGGUCCUGUUCCUGGCCACCGUGGACAGCUUCACCACAUGGCUCAACUCCAUCUCCAGGGAGCACAUCGACAUCUCCACGGUGCUGAGGAUUGAGAGGUGCAUGCUGACCCGAGAGAUCAAGAAGGGCAACGUCCCGACCCGCGAGAGCAUCCACAUGUACUAUCAGAACCACAUCAUGAACCUGUCCCGGGAGUCGGGCCUGGACACCAUCGAGGAGGGGCCCAGAGCCGGUCCCAGGGCCCCGGCAGCCCACAGAAUGGACAGCUUAGAUUCCCACGACAGCAUCUCCAGCUGCUACACCGAAGCCACCAUGCUGUUCUCGAGGCAGUCCACGCUUGAUGACUUAGACGGACCAGACCCUGUGCCCAAAACGAGCGAGCGCUCGCGGCCUCGGCUCCGUAAAAUGCUCAGCAUGGACAUGUCCUCCUCAUCUGCUGACAGUGGCAGCUUAGUGUCAAGCGAGCCCACCCAGUGUACCAUGCUGUACUCCCGCCAGGGGACCACAGAGACCAUCGAGGAGGUGGAGGCCGAGGUGGAGGAGGAGGCAGUGGGCACCCAGAUGGAGGAGGCAAAGGAAGAGGAGGUGGAGGAGGAGGAGAAGGAAGAGUACGGGGUGGGCUACGGGGUAGAGGCUGAGGACGCCAGCCUCACUCCUGAGGACGAGGACGAGGAGGAAGAUGAUGACGACGAGCUGCCGCAGGUCUCCACAGACGACGGGGAGGUGGAGGCGCCACCCUCCUACAGCAAGGCAGUCACCUGCGAGCACUUGUCCUUCGGCUCACAGGAUGGCAUUGGGGCCAAGAACCAAAUGGUGGUCAGCCCAGAUGACAGCCGCACCGACAAGCUUGGGUCCAGCCUGCUGCCACCCCUGACCCACGAACUGACGGCCAGUGAGCUGCUGCUUAACAAGAUGUUCCAUGACGACGAGCUGGAAGAGUCAGAGCGGUUCUACGUGGGCCAGCCGCGCUUCCUGCUGCUGUUCUAUGCCAUGUACAACACACUGGUGGCCCGCUCUGAGAUGGUGUGCUACUUCGUGAUCAUCCUCAACCACAUGGUCUCGGCCUCCAUGAUCACCCUGCUGCUGCCCAUCCUCAUCUUCCUGUGGGCCAUGCUGUCGGUGCCCAGGCCCAGCCGGCGCUUCUGGAUGAUGGCCAUCGUCUACACCGAGGUGGCAAUCGUGGUGAAGUAUUUCUUCCAGUUUGGGUUCUUCCCCUGGAACAAGAACGUGGAAGUUCACAAGGACAAGCCCUACCACCCCCCGAACAUCAUCGGGGUGGAGAAGAAGGAGGGCUACGUGCUCUACGACCUCAUCCAGCUCCUAGCCCUCUUCUUUCACCGCUCCAUCCUGAAGUGCCAUGGCUUGUGGGAUGAGGAUGACGUCGUGGACAGUGGUACCGACAAGGAGGACUCGGAUGCUGAGCUGUCCCUUGGCCACAGCCGGAGAGAUUCCGCCGACUCGCUCAAAUCCAUCAACCUGGCUGCCUCGGUGGAAUCAGUGCACGUGACCUUCCCUGAGCCCCCCACGGCUGUGCGCAGGAAGCGCUCAAGCUGCAGCUCCCCAGUCUCCCCAGGAUCCAGCUUCUCCUCAAACAGGUCCAAAAGAGGCAGCACGAGCACCCGCAACAGCAGCCAGAAGGGCAGCAGCAUCCUGGGCGUGAAGCAGAGGAGCAGGAGGGAGCUGUAUGUGAAGAAGCUACAGGAACACUUGGUCCAGGCCAAAAACUUCACCAUCCGAAAGACUCUGCAAAUCUACGUGCCCAUCCGGCAGUUCUUCUACAACCUCAUCCACCCCGACUACAGCGCUGUGACCGACGUGUACGUGCUCAUGUUCCUGGCCGACACCGUGGACUUUGUCAUCAUUGUCUUUGGCUUCUGGGCCUUCGGGAAACACUCAGCGGCAGCAGACAUCACCUCCUCGCUGUCCGAGGACCAGGUGCCUGGGCCGUUCCUGGUCAUGGUCCUCAUCCAGUUUGGCACCAUGGUGGUGGACCGCGCGCUCUACCUCAGGAAGACGGUGCUGGGCAAGGUCAUCUUCCAGGUCAUCCUCGUGUUUGGAAUUCACUUCUGGAUGUUCUUCAUCCUCCCUGUUGUCACAGAGAGGAAGUUCAGCCAGAACCUGGUCGCUCAGCUCUGGUACUUUGUGAAGUGCGUGUACUUCGGGCUGUCUGCAUAUCAGAUCCGCUGCGGCUACCCAACCCGCGUGCUGGGAAACUUCCUCACCAAGAGCUACAAUUACGUCAACCUCUUCCUGUUCCAAGGGUUCCGCCUUGUGCCCUUUCUGACGGAGCUGAGGGCGGUGAUGGACUGGGUGUGGACGGACACAACCUUGAGCCUGUCCAGCUGGAUCUGUGUGGAGGACAUCUACGCACACAUCUUCAUCCUGAAGUGCUGGCGGGAGUCAGAGAAGAGGUACCCUCAGCCCCGGGGCCAGAAGAAGAAGAAAGUGGUCAAGUACGGCAUGGGGGGCAUGAUCAUCGUCCUGCUCAUCUGCAUCGUCUGGUUUCCUCUUCUCUUCAUGUCUUUGAUCAAGUCUGUCGCUGGGGUCAUCAACCAGCCCCUGGAUGUCUCUGUCACAAUCACCCUGGGAGGGUACCAGCCCAUUUUCACAAUGAGUGCCCAGCAGAGCCAGCUGAAGGUCAUGGACCAGCAGAGGUUUAACAAAUUUUUGAAAGAUUUCUCUAGGGACACUGGUGCUAUGCAAUUUCUGGAAAAUUACGAAAGAGAAGAUAUAACAGUAGCAGAACUGGAAGGAAACUCAAAUUCUUUGUGGACCAUCAGCCCUCCCAGUAAGCAGAAAAUGAUACAGGAACUCAAGGACCCCAAUAGUAGCUUCUCUGUUGUUUUUUCAUGGAGUAUCCAGAGAAACAUGAGUCUGGGUGCAAAAGCAGAAAUAGCCACAGAUAAGCUCACAUUUCCUCUUAAAAAUGUCACACGAGAGCAGAUAGCUAAAAUGAUUGCUGGCAACGACACGGAAAGUUCCAAAAUGCCUGUGACGAUAGAAAAAUUGUACCCGUACUACGUGAAAGCGCCCAGCGACUCUAACUCAAAGCCCAUAAAGCAGCUCUUAUCAGAAAAGGAUUUCAUGAAUAUCACCAUCAUUUUGUCCAGAGACAACAUGACCAAGUCCAACAGUGAGUGGUGGGUCCUCAACCUGACAGGCAACAGAAUAUACGACCGCGAGGCUCAGGCUUUGGAGCUGGUGGUCUUCAACGACAAGGUCAGCCCCCCCAGCUUGGGGUUUCUGGCCGGCUACGGCAUCAUGGGGUUGUACGCUUCCGUCGUCCUGGUGAUUGGGAAGUUCGUCCGGGAGUUCUUCAGCGGCAUCUCACACUCCAUCAUGUUCGAGGAGCUUCCAAAUGUAGAUCGGAUUCUGAAGCUGUGCACAGAUAUUUUUUUAGUUCGAGAGACGGGGGAACUGGAACUAGAAGAAGAUCUCUAUGCCAAGCUGAUAUUCCUCUACCGCUCGCCAGAGACCAUGAUCAAAUGGACCCGAGAAAAGACCAAUUGACACCCGAGGGCCCAGGACUGCGAUUCGCGUUGACAUUUGAAUUUUUUACAAAAGCACAACAUUCUCCUAAGAGCUAAGCAUUUCUAGUUCAGUGGCAUCUGUUUCUCUUUCAACAGGCGGGCGAAGGAGCUGACCUCUCUUGCAGUCCAAACUGCCUCGCCAGCAGAGAUGCUGUUGAGGACAUGUCUCUGAAAUCAGGGCUACUCGCUUUAUGUUUUAGUCAGUGGUGGCUUGCGUUUCAGUGACUGCGGCAAAGAUCCAGGUAUGCGUCCCUUCUCUCAGCAAGAUAGAACCAGGAAAAAGGACAGGCAUCUUAUUUUGCUCUGUGGGGUCCACAUGUCUCUUGGGGUGAUGCCGUGAGGCCCCUGCCGGCUUAUGUCCAGCUGGGGAUAUGUGGACGGAGCUUGGGAGCCUUCAGCAGUCCAGAUACACAAGAGCAAUAGCAGCCCAGAGCCCCAACCGUGUUUCCAGGGCAAGAGAGAGGGAACCCAGGUCGUCAGAGAUGCACACAGAAGGCCAGCCUCACUCUAAGCAAAAAGAUAACGUUAGUGAUACUCCUACUGCCUUACCUUUACUGAAGAUGAGUAAGAAAUCUUUCCAUUAAACACCAGGAAGUUCUCAGGAAGAAACAAAAAUACAAAAAAACCCAAAAGCAGCAAAACCAAUAUUUGGCCACCUGUGUGGCAGAGGCCCCAGGGUGACCCCGCCCGCUCUGGGGUGGCUCAUGCUCCACCCCGAAAGUAGACAGAGGCAGGAAGGACUGGGGCAGCCAGCCCAGGGCCAGGAGCCUGGGCCUCGAGGCCUUGAGGUCACAGGUGCUCCCCCCCAGCCCCGCCCCGCCCCCUACACGCUUUUCCCCACUUCCAUGAUGAAAGGCAGUGGUUUUUCCAGUACGUGACAGCCUCCUUCCUGUUUUUCAGGUAUAUCAAAGAGUUUACAUAUUCCAAUUCACGUUUUUACAUCUGAAACGGGUUUUUUAAGUUCAUAAUUAUGAAAGAAAUAUGUAUAUUGAGCUUGGGGAAAUAAAAAUGGCCUUUUCUUAAAUUAUUAUCAUUGGUAAUAGAACCUUCUCCUGAAAUAACAGUGUAGCAUGAAAAUUUAUGAGUGAAAUGUAGUUUUCAUUCCAUGUUAAAAUGCAGUUUCUGAGAAGCACCAUUGAAUGGGCUAGAAUAUGUCAAAACAUGACCUUGUGUAGUUUGGGUUCAGGGCUGACUUGAAAUAAAGCACAUCUUGCAGAGUC